AUGAUUUACGAAACUGACACCACCCUCGUUACAAGUGGAUCUGGGGAAUGUGUGACGGUGGAAUAUACUGGCGAUGUUUUUCUAACAGGAUUCUCAAAAACUGUGCGAAUUUUCGAGAAUCCUUCAGAUGAAGAUUGCACCAAAGCACAUGGAGUUAUAUGUAAACUAGAGGGGGCAGUUAUUAUUAACCUUUCUCGAAUAUUCUACAACGAUCCCAGAAAAACAUGGUCAGACGCCGUUUCAAGGUGUUAUCAACAGAGUGCAUACCAGAUAUCGACGGACCUAGAUAGCCUUACACAAAAUAACAGUGCUCUCAGCAAUUCAGAAAAUGCCUGGCUUGGAAUUUUUAGAAGACACUAUAAUUUCACCAUCAAUACAAAACCAGACAUCUUGUCUACAGAAUCAAAUAUUCACUGCAUUGCUGCCUCAGUUGAUAUCACUGGUAAUAUACAACUCAGUAAUCACAAGUGCAAUAAAUCACUUCCGGUAUGGUGUAUGUUACAAGCAAAUGUGACGUUGAGCUCUUCUACAACGCCAAUAACGACAUCACGUACCACAGACGUUUCCACAACACCAGAAAAUAUGGUCACAAACAGCGUCAAAGCUGUAUCAUCUUCAGUAGAAAUAACACAAGAUAUAAGUCUACUCAUCACUACUACUGUAUUAGCCACUAUCGUGGGAAUCGGGAUUCUGACAGCUAUCAUCAUACUAUUAAGAAAAAUUUUUAAAAGUCGAAAAACUCAAUCCAACGUUUCUAUUAGACAUGCCAUUCCAAAUCAUAAGAGGAAAAUUCAGAAAAACAAAUCAAAGUCGCAUUAUGAAGAAAGCCUAAAUGCCGUAUACGAAGAGGACAUUUAUUCAGUAAUAAUUGACAAUAAUGAAGAGAUACCAAGAUAUUCAGAGGUCAUUUAUGAUGACGUUGAAAACAACGACACCAAAAACAUCUCUUCACAGAAGUAUGUUAACACUUUACCAUCUUUAGGAAGAACAGAAUCUUCAACCAACUCACAACUGAAAGAAAUUCCAGAGUAUCUAGAAAUUAUACCAUAUGAACCACAAAAUAUAAGCGAGAAAACAGGUGUUGAAUCAAACUGUCAAGAGACUGGUGAUUUCUGUAAGCUAAAUAAUGAAAACGGUGCUGCAAACGAGGAAUCAUCGAUGUUCUCGGAUGCAAAGGAAGCUGUGGAUGGCAAGACCACCGUCUAA